UGCGUCUAGCCUGAGGAGAGAAGGGGAGAGGAGAGGCUGAUUGUAACUACUCAUUAAUUUUCAAACUCAUAAGUGUUAAUUUAUCAAGCCCGAUCACAUAGUUUCGUAGUGGAGCACGGGUAUUCAGCUAGUAUAUUCAAUAUUUUCAAAACGUCUUUAGCUAAACUGAGGAUAAACUUAAAAUGCUCAAGUACUACUAUAUAUUAAUGAAGCACUGCAAUGCUGCUUUCCUUCCAAAGGUCUGAUAUAUGGUAGAACAUGUUAGCAAUGAAACUUCCUAUUCAAUAUGUAGAAUUAUGAGUUUCUUUUCCCUGAAGCUUCUUUAUAUGCAAAUGUUUGUUGCUUGCUUAGUGACAUCAUGGAUUAGAAGCCAUGGAAUGGCAACGGAGACAUUAAUUCUAUAAACAGAAUCUGCUCCUCUCUGGGUGAUUUUCCAUUUAACUGUAAAAAAAAACAUUUUUUUUUGAAAUGUAAAUCUCUUUGUUUUGAUCCAUCCACUCAUCUAUCAACACAAAUUAUGUGAUAAAGAGUACAGGAGGCUUAUUUGGCUCAUUCUGUGCAGUAAUCAUGCAUUUCCAAAGAUUUGUUGCAUGGGAAAAUCUACCAUCCUUGACCUCAAAAUCUGAUGGCUUUGAAUCUUCAUCGUCAUCGAAAUCAGGAAGUGUGACUGAAUAUGCAUCAGAAGGUCUUGCUGUACCCAAAAUUACAACCACCAAAAAAGAAACCAUGCCAGUUGAAGUUCCUAUUUCUGUAAGGCGUGUUUUGGAUAAAAUUGAGGUGGAACAACUAGAACGAGCCAAAAAGGAAAUUUCUAAAAAACUCUUUCGCAUUCUGGAAAAUGUGAAUCGAGCUUAUGAGCGCUAUAAAAAAGAUGAUGGCAUCGAUCCAAAAUUAGAAAAGGAAUAUAACACGAUAUUAACAUGGGAGGAGAAAAGCCGUCGAUCUCAUUUCCUAGAUGACAUUGAUGAUGUGCUAAAUGUAAACAUGGGCAAAUUACUGGAAUUACGCCUAGUACUGGACUCAUUAAAAGAAUGCAGUGGAAUGCUGAAAAAAGUUGAAUUACAAGAAGAACUAAUUCCCAGUGAAGAAAUGGUUGAGAAAAUGGAGAUAGAUCUCUUGAAAUUUAUUGAAAAAAUUGAAAGAAAUGUUCAACGUUUGAUCAAGCUAUUCCAGCCACUCUUUGCGGAGAAAAUGAAGGCACGAAGGAAAUCAGGUCAAAAAUAUACCCUUCUGUUUAAAGCAUGGCGAGAUAAAGUAGCAGAUACACCUCAGGAAGGUGAGCCUUUGACACCUGAACAGAUGUUGGAUGAUGAAUCUCUUGCUUUUACUCGUUGUCAUGAUGUUAACAACAUGAUACACGAACUAGGGGAAUCUUCAAUUUUCAACAGAGCAGAAAUAGUUGCCCUCAAGUAUACUGCAAACAUGGUAGGAAACCUUAUAAAGGCUUUCAGCCUUCUAGUUAAACAAUGCCGCAACCUAAAACUCAAGUGUGACAGUCUAACUAUUAUGGAAGGCAGGAAGCAAGAUCCUCAGGUUCUAGUCCUACAGAGAGAAUUGAGAAUGGCCCUGGAGAGAAAGACGGCAUUGGAGAAACAAGUCCAAAGUGCUGAAGAAAGGUGUAUGGCACUCCUGGUCACAAAUGAAAUGAUUCAAAAAGAAUUGCAAGAUGCAAAUGAGAAAGCAUCAUUAGCAGAUAACAUCACCCUUUCCAUGGCUACUCCAGGUAAACCUCAGAGUAAAACACCUGUUGUUGAAAAAGAUGUAAAGAGCAAACAAGCUGAGAAAGCAAAACUUCCGGCAGAACCUAAAAAGAAGCCAAUUAGAAAAGUUGAAGGAGAAACCUUGGAUGAAAAAUGGGAAUCUCAAGGAGAGAGUUCGCAAGCAUCUCUACUAACUAUUUAUGGGAGAGAACCAACCCCAACUGGAAGCAUCCAGGAUAUAAAAAUUAAACAGAAGAAAAUGGUUUCUGACAAGGGGAAGACAAAGCAACCACCAAGGGCUACAGAUGAAAAAGGUCCACCGAUGGAUGGAACAGUCACUGAAAGAUCACCGCAGCUACUUGACCAAAUGCUCACUAGUCACAAAACAUUGGACACAGAAUCUGAUAGAGUGCCUCCUAAAUCCAGUGAUGAAAAACCUAUUGAUAGAAGUCCAUCUACAAUGGAACCUUCAUCAUUAACUGAACCGACUGCAGAAGACAUUUCAGGUCAAAGCCUCCAAAAAGAUAAAAAAGGAGCUAAGCGUAGGUUAUCAAUGAAAGGUACUGCAGAUAAAGUUGUAGUGACCAUGAAAACAAAAAAGAUGGUCAAAUUCCCAUCUGCCAAGGAUACACCUACCCAGGACAUGCCUACCCAGGACGUAACUCCACAACUAUACACAAGUGUCCAGGAAAUACCUGAAGGUGAAUUAACUCAAAGACCAACGAUGACUUCAGAAACCAAGAAGGAACCAGAGACCGUAGAUAAAACCCUGCCACCAACAGGUGCAGCAGAGCAGACCGAGGAAGCUCCGAAACAGCUAGCAGACAAAUCAAAAGAUAUCCGAGAAAAGAAAGAAACAAAGCGGUGGAGUAAAUUAUUACAACUCCCAAAGCAGGCAGAGAAGUCUGAAGGAGUGAGACAUAGUUUAGAUGCAAAGUUGCAAGAGACUGCCAAGGACAUACCUACCUUGGCCAGCCCUAUCCAGGAAAUACCUACCCAGGACACCCCUACCCAGGAUACACCUAACCUGGACCUCCCUACCCUGGAUACCCCUAUCCAGGAUAUCCCUACCCUGGACACUCCUACCCAGGUUAUACUAACCCUGGACACCCCUACACAGGACACCCCUACACAGGAGAUAACUACAGGUGAAUUGACUCAAAGGCCAACAAUGACUUCAGAAACCAGGGAGGAGUCAGUGUCUCAAGAUAAAGAUCUGACACAAACAGCUGUAGCAAAACAAACUGAGGAAGCCCCAAAACAAUUAGCAGACAAAUCAAAAGAUAUCCGAGAAAAGAAAGAAACAAAGCGGUGGAGUAAAUUAUUACAACUCCCAAAGCAGGCAGAGAAGUCUGAAGGAGUGAGACAUAGUUUAGAUGCAAAGUUGCAAGAGACUGCCAAGGACACACCUACCCCAAGUAUGCCUACCCCGGACACCCCUAGCCAGGACAUUCCUGGAGGUGAACUGACUGAAAGACAAAUGACAUCUUCAGAAACCAAGGAAGAACCAGAGUCCCAAGACAAAAACCUGACACAAACAGCUAUAAUAGAACAAGCUGAGGAAGCCCCGAAACAAUUAGUAGAGAAAUCAAAAGAUAUCCGAGAAAAGAAAGAAACGAGGCGAUGGAGUAAAGCAUUACAACUCCCAAAGCAGGCAGAGAAGUCUGAAGGAGUGAGACAUGGUGUAGAUGCGAAGUUGCAAGAGACUGCCAGGGACACCCCUACCCCAAGUAUUCCUACCCCGGACACCCCUAGCCAGGACAUUCCUGGAGAUGAACCAACUCAAAAGCCAACUUCAGAGACCAAGGAGGAGCCAGAAUCCCAAGAUAAAGACCUGAUACAAACAGCUAUAGCAGAACAAAUUGAGGAAGCCCCGAAACAAUUAGUAGAGAAAUCAAAAGAUAUCCGAGAAAAGAAAGAAACGAGGCGAUGGAGUAAAGCAUUACAACUCCCCAAAAAGGCAGAAAAGUCUGAAGGAGUGAGACAUGGUGUAGAUUCAAAGUUGCAAGAGACUGCCAGGGACACCCCUACCGCAAGUAUUCUUACCCCGGAUAUCCCUACCCAGGACAUUCCUGGAGGUGAACUGACUCAAAAGCCAACAAUAACUUCAGAGACCAAGGAGGAGCCAGAAUCCCAAGAUAAAGAUCUGAUACAAACAGCUAUAGCAGAACAAAUUGAGGAAGCCCCGAAACAAUUAGUAGAGAAAUCAAAAGAUAUCCGAGAAAAGAAAGAAACGAAGCGAUGGAGUAAAGCAUUACAACUCCCAAAGCAGGCAGAGAAAGCUGAAGGAGUGAUUCAUAGUUUAAAUAUAAAGUUACAAGAGAUUGCCAGGGAGAAGGAUGGUAUGAUAGAUAUAGAGACUAUCAAACAUAUUUUUGAAGAAUUGGAGCCAUCAUAUAAAGACACUGCAGGAGGACCAGUGACUGGAGGCCGACAUGCAGACAAGCCUGCCAAAAUAUCCAGUGUAAAAAAGUCCACAUUGCCUUCUGAUACAGCUGAGCAAGCAACUACUACAAAAGAAAAAAGGAGAACCUCAAGAGUUGAAGAAACUGCUCUCCGUGAAUUUCAGGAAGCCACUCUUGCUUGUUUAGAGGACAAGCUAGGAAAGUUAAAGAAAGGCCCACCUGGUAGUGGGAAAGUACCAGUUCCAUUUCAACCCACAGAUGCACAAGCGCAACAACUCUUUAAGGCAAUACAGGAGAAAGUGGAAGAAUGCUUCUUGAUAAAGCAGAAGUCUUUUACUAAUCUGGAGGAAGAUAAACAGAUUUCGCAAAGCAUGGAAAAGUUGGAAGAUAAAAGUGGAGAAGAAAUAACCAAAAUUCCUUCAUCUACUCAUGUCACCCCUACUCAGGACAUACCUACCCAAGACACAUCUCCACAGGACAUACCCACUCAGGUCCCACCUCCACCUCCUCAAGACAUACCCACUCAGGUCCCGCUUCCACCUCCUCAGGACAUACCCACUCAGGUCCCGCCUCCACCUCCUCAGGACAUACCCACUCAGGUCCCGCCUCCACCUCCUCAGGACAUACCCACUCAGGUCCCGCCUCCACCUCCUCAGGACAUACCCACUUGGGUCCCGCCUCCACCUCCUCAGGACAUACCCACUCGCGUCCCGCCUCCACCUCAUCAGGACAUACCCACUCGGGUCCCGCCUCCACCUCCUCAGGACAUACCCUCUCGGGUCCCGCCUCCACCUCCUCAGGACAUACCCUCUAGAGUCCCGCCUCCACCUCCUCAGGACAUACCCUCUCGGGUCCCGCCUCCACCUCCUCAGGACAUACCCUCUAGAGUCCCGCCUCCACCUCCUCAGGACAUACCCACUCGGGUCCCGCCUCCACCUCCUCAGGACAUACCCAUUCGCGUCCUGCCUCCACCUCCUCAGGACAUACCCACUCGCGUCCCGCCUCCACCUCCUCAGGACAUACCCACUCGCGUCCCGCCUCCACCUCAUCAGGACAUACCCACUCGCGUCCCGCCUCCACCUCCUCAGGACAUACCCUCUAGAGUCCCGCCUCCACCUCCUCAGGACAUACCCUCUAGAGUCCCGCCUCCACCUCCUCAGGACAUACCCUCUAGAGUCCCGCCUCCACCUCCUCAGGACAUACCCACUCGGAUCCCGCCUCCACCUCCUCAGGACAUACCCACUCGGGUCUCGCCUCCACCUCCUCAGGACAUACCCACUCGGGUCCCGCCUCCACCUCCUCAGGACAUACCCACUCGCAUCCCGCCUCCACCUCCUCAGGACAUACCCACUCGGGUCCCGCCUCCACCUCCUCAGGACAUACCCUCUCGGGUCCCGCCUCCACCUCCUCAGGACAUACCCACUCUGGUUCCAUCUCCACCUCAACAUGACAUACCCCCCUUGGUCCCAUUUCCCCAGGAAAUACCCACCCUGGCCAUACCUCCCAAGGACAUAUCAACUCUGGUCUCAACACCAUCUCCCCAGGAUAUAACCCCCCUGGUCACACCUCUCCAGGACAUACCUCCACUGGUUCCAUCCCCACUUCCCCAGGACAUACCCCUCCUGGUCCCACCUCCCCAGGAGAUGCCCACAUUGUUCCCCCCUCCCCAGGAGAUACUCACUCUGGUUCCACCUCCACCUCCACAGGACAUACCCCCCCUGGUCCCACCUCCCACCCUAUUCCCACCACCUCAGGAGAUACCCCCCCUGAUACCCCCACUGGUCCUGCCUCCCCUGGAGAUACCCACCGUAGUCCCACCUCCCCUGGUGAUACCCACCGUGGUCCCACCUCCCCUGGAAAUACCCAGCCUGGUCCCGCCUCCCCUGAAAAUACCCAGCCCGGUCCCACCUCCCCUGGAGAGAUCUAUCCUGGCCCUGCCUCCCCAGGACAUACCACCCCUGGUCCCACAUCCUCUGGAGAUACCCCCUCUGGUUCUGCCUCCCCAGGACAUACCCAGCCUGGUCCCACCUCCACCUCCUCAGGACAUACUCCCCCUGGUCCCACCUCCCCAGGAGAUACCCAUCCUGGUCCUACCUCCACCUCCCAAAGACAUACUCCCUCUGGUCCCACCUCUGCAGGAGAUAUCCCCCUUGGUUCUACCUCCACCUCCGCAGGAGAUAUCCCCCCUGGUCCUACCUCCACCUCCACAGGAGAUAUCCCCCCUGGUCCCACCUCUACCUCUGCAGGAGAUACCCACCCUGGUCUCGCCCCCCCAUGACAUAUCCACCCUGGUCCCAACUCCCCAGGAGAUACCCACCCUGGUCCCAUCUCCCCAGCUCAUACCCCCCAUAGUCUUGCCUCUACCUCUGCAGAAGAUACCCAUCCUGGUCCCACCUCCCGAGGAGACACCCAGCCUGGUCCCACCUCCCCAGAUCAUACCCCCCAUGGUCUUGUCUCCACCUCUGCAGGAAAUACCCACCCUGGUCCCACCUCCCCAGGAGAUGCCCAGCCUGGUCCCACCUCCUCUGGAGAGAUCUACCCUAGCGCUGCCUCCACCUCCACAGGAGAUACCCACAGAAUCCCGUCUCCCCAGGCCAUACCUGAUCCCAUCUCCCCAGGUCAUACCCACCCUAAUCCAGCCUCCCCCAGAUAUACCCAGCCUGGUCCCGCCUCCUGAGGACAUACCUAUCUUGGUCCUGCCUCCCCAGAAGAUACCCGUUCUGGUCCCACCUCCCCAGGACAAAGAAUUGUUCUUUCCACAGGAUGUACCCCUACCUAAAUGGCAAGAAAAGAAAGAAGACUUGGCCAAGGCUUUACCUCUCACAAAAGAGGAGCAAUCUCUGGAACAUGAGCCUGAUGUAGGUGAUGAGCAGGUCAAGGAACUGAAGCGGGAAGAUGAAGACAAGGACAAAAUAAUUAUACCGAUUUCUGAGGAGCAACCAAAGGCUGUCGACAAAGGAAAAGAGCCAUCCCCAAAAGUGAGCCAUUUGAAACUGAAGAGCUUACAGGAGUCAGAUAUGAAGAGGGAGCUUUGGUACCAGCAACUUCAAAAGGAGCUACUGACAGAGAAGGAACGAAUGCAAGAAGAGCAGUUACGGAUACGGGGGGAAUGUCAGCAAAUAGAAAAGGCCAAAGAGAAUCUGGUACAAUGGCAGGGGUUGUUUCAGAAGCAGCAGGAGGAGUGGAAGCAGAAGGAGAAGCAACACAAGGAGCAGGAGCAUCUCUGGCAGCUGCAGCUUGAGCAGUGGCGGCGCCUGCAGCAGCAGAACGAUCAUUAUCAGCAGUACUGGGCUGAGCAACGAGAGAAGCAGAAGGAGCAACAAUGCAGGUUGCAGGAGGAGAUCAGGCAGCUGCAACAGCAGUACAAACAGCAUGUGAUAUUCCAAGGGGAGCAGGCCAAGGAACAGUGGUGCUGGAACCAGUUGAAGGAGGAGCACAGAAAGCAGCAGGAGACCUGGCAAGAGGAGGAUAAGGAGUAUGAGAUUAGGAGACGGCAGUGGCAGCAACAACAGGCAAAGCAUGAGGGACAGAUGGAGAGCCUGAGGCAAGCCCACCUGCAGCAAGAAGAGCAGUAUAAACAGUGGCAAAAAGAGCAGCAGAAGAAGCAACAAGAGCUCGAACACGCUUGGGAGAAGCGCUGGCAGCAGCAACUGCAAAGCUGGCAGCAGGAGAUGCAAAAACAGCAAGAUCAAGAGAGCAGAGAUCAGGAGCAGAAGAGCAAGGUGCUGGAGAAGCAGAGACCGAUACCGAAGGAACGUAAGCCCUUGAGUCCCAAACUGAAAGUAGUGGAAAGCUCUUUUUUGGAUAUAUUUGUUAAGCCAUGUAAAAUGCCACCUGUUCCUAAGGAGAAAAUAAUUUCUACCACUCCUCGGACCACUCCCUCUUCUAUUAUUGCAUUAAAGGAAGAUUCCUCUGAAUUAGAAACUACAUGGUUCCCUAAAAUGUUCACCAAAAUAGAAGAGCUUCCUCCAUAUGGCAUCCCAGAGAAGCGCUACUGGAUAAAUGUGGAAGCACAGAGGAAAAACCUGAAGCUGUUGCGGGAAGCUUCUCAGAGGGCUGAUAUUUCACCAGAUCUAUACAAUGAUACUAAAGAAACUAUCAAGCAAGCAUUACACAGCAACGUGGAGAGGCUGGCUUUGCUCUUUCGCAAAUACAAGUCUUUGUACAAUCUCCACGAAGUCAGACAUAGCUUAAUUCUUCAGUUAGACACUGCCAGAGAAGCAAAUGAUGGUGCCAAAAUGCAGAAUUUGUACAAGAUGGUGGACAAGGUGGAUGCUUAUCAGAAAAAGCUUCUGGACAACUGGAAAGUUAAGCAGAAUGCUGUAGAGAAGCAGCGCCAACACUGCCUUACAAAAAUGAUUGAUUUGUUUGCCCAGCUCCAUUCGAGUGCCCAACUCCACCUCAGCAAUCCAUGCCCGUUGAUAGUUAAAGCAGAAGAUAGCACAAAGAAGGAGACCUUCCGCAUGCCUCACAUUAGACCUGACUUCUUGAAGUCUAAGGUUUACAAAAGCCCCCUGAUUAGGGUGAAGAAAUCCCAAGAUUUCACAGUAACAGCUAUGGUCAGAAGAAAGCCAAGUAGCGAGCAAAUAGAAUCACUGUGGAAGACUGAUAUCACAGAACUGAGUUUUCCCCUUGGACCCAAAGCACCUGUGUCUUUUCUGUGGUCUGAGACCUCUGGCUUUCCAGAUAUUCCUAGAUUUUUGGAAUUAGACAUUUCCUCUGUGAGGGGGAAGCCCCUCCGAUAUAUGGAGACUCGGAUUCAGAAUAUUCCCAGAUGGAAAAUAUCUGGAUAUAAUUUUAAGCAUUUGUAAAUUAGACAAUAAUCACCAUUUGUUUCAAUAUGUUAAAACAAUAUGUUAUAUAAGGGGUUGAAUAACAAUAUACAGUAUUCAUUGUAGACCUGAUCCAUUUAUAUUUUUCUGAUAUUUUUUAUUAAUUUAUUUAACUGAUAUUUUUGUUAGUGUAUUUAGCUGAUAUUUUACUCUUCAACAAA